AAACAUGGAUAAACAUGGCUGAAAUGAGUACGGUUGUAGAAGGAAAAGUUAAAUUUCGAGAAGGAAAAAAGUGGAAACCAAGAUGGUGUGUAAUGAAAAAACCUUCUCCUGUCGCGGAUCGCCUGAUCGUCUUCCUGUACAAAGAUGUCAAGGACUCUAUCAAAGGCGUGAGUGCAAAGUCGAGCUUCCCCCUGGAUGGGUUUUACGGUCUCGAGUCUGGUAUCUGCUUCGAUAAAGAGACCAGUGUGCUAGCAAUCAUCUGUCAGAAGCAGAUCACCCUACUGGCGUUCGAUUCGCGAGAGACGCUGAUUCAGUUUGAAAUCAAAAUCCGAAGGGGUUUAGGGGAAGAGCACCAGUUUCCCGUUCGCACGAUCAAAGUCCCAUCCCACAGCAAACUCCCUCUGGAUCUCCUGCGUAUGCACAUCCAUGGCUCCAAGUUCUGUCUGACGGGCCACGUCCCACCCAAGAUCCUCUGCAGCUGGCAGGUGUCUGAACUGCGCCGCUUUGGGGCCAUUGACGGGCGGUUCUGCUUCGAGGGCGGUUCACGUUGCGGAAAAGGCCAAGGUUUCCAUGUUUUACAAACGGACCAAGUUGAAGAAAUCUCAGAGAUUAUUGGCAACGCAAGUGUCGGGAAAGCGGCGCCUCUUAUCAAAAGACAAACGGGUAAAAGAAGAAGUGACUUCCAAGACUCGGUCAAACAGUCCUCCGUCAGUAACACGGCAUUCAAGAACUUCGAGAACCAACAAGCAUUUGUGGACCAGAACUACCAUGAUGGGGACAAUUCCUGGCUAAGGUACAAACGCCAUUCAAUCAGUUUCACGGAUUUCCGACGUGCGAGACACUACACGGAGAAGCAACGGCUCCAGAGCAUCGAAAAUGUGGAGAAGGAACGACUCAUGGCAAUCUACGACGUCCCUCCGAGACGAAUAAGGAAAGUCGAAUCCAAGCAUCAUCCAACAUUGCAAGAACAUCCAAGAUCAGACAAUUCUGUGCGGAGUUUUGACAUUAAUUUUAACGCCAUUCGAGGCCUGUGCGGCGGUCAGGGUCAGGUGUCGAUGCAAGGGCAGGAAAACUAUUUCAAUUGGAGUGGUGAAUUCAAUAACAAUGUUAUGUCCUACCAGGUACCGCGGUCACUGUUGAACCAGUCCGAAAACAGUGUGAACCAGUCAACGACUACUAUCGCGUGUAACCAGUCAGAUUCUACCUCGUCACAAGGGAGCUUACUGUCGCUGCAGAGCGCAAACUUUGCCCAGAAUAGCAUGUCCAUUUCAUCAAGUGCUCCAGCGUUGUGUGGCUAUGGUAGCAAUACGUUAACCUGUAAUUUCCGACAAUUAGGACAACAGUUACCAAAUCGGGACCAAGACGAGCGUGAUCGUUUGGCCGACGCUCAGCAUGACGAUGUGAUGAGAAGUCUCGAUCAAAGUCAACAGGAUUUAGAAAAAGAAAUGUCGCUUUUGGAUGAAAUGCUUCAGAUCUGUCAAAGAGCUGAGGGCGACAGUGAUAGGGACCAGCCUCCUCCACUUCCAGCCAAGCUGUCACACACCCCAGGGGACGGGGCUGGGUCACAACAGGGGUCAGGGUCACGGCAGGGGUCAGAGGUCGUAAGGAAUGUCCACUGCCCCCGGGGCUCCCUGGACAACCUCAGCGUGUCCUCAGACAGCACACACUCUAGACCUGCCCCUAGGUCACACACCACCAAUAGUGUGCUGUUGAGUCCAAACCUCGUGAACAAGCUGAAAAAGAUACCGAGACGAUCAACGUUCAACGCUCCUCUGCCAUAUGUGAAUCUAUCAAAAUAUGAUGGCAAUGUGGGAAAUGUGGACUCAAGCCACGUGCAUAUACCGGCUGCCUCCACUUCUGCCCCUGAUGGCAGUAGUUCUUGGUGUAAACUUAGGGGGUCAAAGUCUCAGAACUCUCAGGGUUAUGACAAUGUUCCUCGCAGUGGCAGUUGUCGAAAUGAUAGUAAUCGCGUAUCUGUUUCCUUACCCGGAAGCCGGGAAAACUUGCGUAGUGUCAGCUCGUCGGACUUACAAGUUAACCUAGGCACUCGGAACAAUAGCUUUUCAAACGAGCCUAUUUAUUCGAAUCAACGUGAGGAAACGCCCCCUCCAGAAUUACCACCAAAAGGUCCACAUUUGAGAAAUCGUCAAAAAUACCACUUGGAUGCCAUCUCCAGACCUCCCCAACCCCCACGACCCCCAGAACGACCUCAGGUGAAAUCUAGGUCAUCGGGCAAAGGUCACGGUCAGCAGUGGCCCAUAAGACAGGGGUCGUUCAGUUCUAGUCAACAAGAAGAUUAUUUCCUCAUGGGAAGUUUCGAGAAGGAGCCAACGCAUUGCAAAACUGACUUCUCAGAAACGUGUAGAAUGAGCGAUCCGAUAACUGUUCAGCAAGUUGUUAACCUUCCCCCGAAAGAGAAAAAGUACACGCGUUCAUCAGUGCUGGAUUGCUACAUGGAUAUGUCAGGGAUUAUGGAACUCGAACGUGGGGACUGCAGUGCAAUGAACGAAUCACCAAGUGUGCAAAGACCAAAGUACUUGCGCUCUAUCAGUGCUUCUGGAAUUGGAAUCGUUACUGAAGAGGAAGAUGACUACUACAUCCCCGACCCGCUACCUAGGGCAGAAUCCCUUAGCAUCAGCGCGGGAAAUUCACCCAAGGAGGUGAGACGGGAACGAGCCCCUAUCAGGGAAGACAACUACCUCUUGAUGUCCACCUUGACGACAAGAAGACCAAGUUUAGAUACAAGCAGAGUAGACUCGAGUGGCAUGGAUUCGAGCCGAUUAGAUACUAGUAGAAUCAACGAGGAGGAGUAUGUGAAACAGUCUCAGAUUGCUGCUAGCUUGAACAGGACCAACAGCAGUGACACUGAAAAACAGUUGUCUUUCACUUUAGAUGAUUGGCACAAUGCCGAGGAAAGUAAUAGAAAUUUGAUAUGUAAAUCUGAGAACAGAAUACCCAGAGACAUGUCUAAGAUUGAAAUGCCUUUUGAUAAUUUGCUGGAUUUCACGUUGUUAGUUAGCCGUGAAAAAGAUGCUAAUAAAUUAGAACAGGUUCAGAUCAAAUCGAUGACUGUUGGUGCUAAAACGGAUUCCCCUUCAGUGAAAACUCCUGGAUUCUUUUCCCGCCUCAUCCGGAGGAAUUCUAGAGAUCGUAAAAGCGUGUCCCAGAGUCAGGAAAACUUGCUUACCAUCUCAAUAAGUGAGCCGAUAAUUAAAGAAGAAGCGGGUUUAGCGGAAUACACAAGCUUGAGUUCGAGUGAGAACAGUCGAGCGCAAAGUCAGCAGGAUAUAGUGAUGGGGCCGUGUGAUCGAAAUCGCUCGUCAAGCUUUCCGAAUCGCUCCAGCUUUGUGGCCAUGGCUCCAGAUAGUAACUCUAGUUCAUCAACAGGGAUAUCUAUUCUGUCUCAGCAGUCGGAUUUAUGUGCUACGAACUCGUCUCUAAGCUGUGAAACCGUGUCGACCCGGGCCAGCAGUAACGAGGGGAACUUGAAUGACCACUCAAACUCUGUGCAAAGUGUUCUCAGUGACUCUGACAAACAAGAAAUGGGUAAAGAGUCGUUUGGUAAACACUCAUACUUCUCAAUGGGACCAUUGGACACUAGCAAUGCUUCAAAAGGACACGGAAAUCUUGAAUCUCAUAGUGAACAUUUUAGCAGAAAAAUGGAAGUUCAUGAUUCUGAUCAAAGUAAAGGCAAUUCAGACGAGUGUGGUGGAAAGGUGUUCACAGUGUUGAGUGUUCAAGGUGACUCGUGUAAAACUGAUGAUGAAAAGCUCAUCGAACUGUGGCAUUCAACAAAUUCAUUGUCUGGUAAAUCAAAUAACAGUAUCUCGGAUUUAAAGUCUAAAAUGACACUUCCCUUGGAAGAGCUCUCACCGGAUGAGAAAGCCAAUGCCAUUGCCAAGCAUAUAUCCUCUCUACCACCAUUCGUACCUCCAAAAAUGAAGAGCUAUCCAACAAAGCUAUCUCCAGUAUUGGAGAAGACCACACCAAAGGGAGAUAAACCAGACACGUUGAGUGUUUCUAGUCCAGAGUAUCAGACCUGUACUGGUGUGGUAGAAUCACCUGUUAUAAGUCCAAGUUUGAAGAAGCUUCAGGCAAAAGCUACUCUUCGUAUCACGCCUCCUUCCGAAGACGAAAAUGGAAAAAUAUGGAUUCCAAGGACGUUUGAGGAUCCUGAGGUUGAACCAGUGGACAGUGGUACUGAUGCGUACAAGACCUCCACUCUCGUUGUUGACCUACCAGAACUGGGCACUGACAACAGCCUGUCGAUAACAUCUCUAGACAGCUAUGUCACGUAUCCCGACAAGGUUGUACGCAGCAGCCCGGCAUCGACCAUUCUCCGUCCACGCUCCGGCAGGGAGUAUCAGAAAAUAGAACGUCGCCGGACACACGACGACAGCAACAUGACCAGUCCCCUGACCACGCCUCAGUCUCCAAUGACUGGCUCCGUUUUCACGUUCGAUAAUGUUGCAACUUCAUCCAUUGUCAGUGCAGAUCAGUAUUCGCCAAAACUCACUAAAAACAGUUCGUCAGAACAGGCUAGCAUUUGCACCAGGAGCGAGAGUCUGAAAUCACCCACUGUUUUCUAUAUGAACCUGGAUUUUGAUGUGUCGCCUCCGGAUUCGCCUCUUCCAGAGGCCAAUGCAAUGGAACUGAUGGAACCGAUGCUGAAUUACGCUGAAAUCGACCUCAGCGAGUCGGGAAGGAGCGAACUGUCACCAUCCCAGUCGAGAAGAAUCAAUCUGGCAGACUUGGAUCACUCAGUAUCAGAAAGACUUCUAGCUUCUGCUUUAAGGCCGUCGAAGAAAAGUAAGAAAUUGGCAGAGCCGAUUCCGAUUGAAUACUCGAUGAUCGAUAUGGUGGCCACACAGGCUGCAUCAAAGGCAAGGAAGGAUCACGCCCAAAGUCGCGACGGGACCCUUAGAAGGAAACAUGUUGCAACGUCCGCCAGUUUCUCUACAAGUCCGAGUGGUUCAAGCACCAAGGAAAGGGUCGCCAGUUUAUCACUGUCCCGAUCCGAAAGAAAACAAUCUGCUCCGUUCAUCAGGAGCAUAAAUUCACCGGAUUCAGCAAACUUCUGAUGCAUUAUUCUAUUCGAAUGGAUAUUAUAUUUGUCUUUUAGGUUGUGUUUUAUUGUUUAUAGACACGUUUUAUGCUUUUGUUUACUUUUCUAUAUUUUUUAUCAAAUCAUCAAUUGCAAGAGCUUUACAUGUUGUUCUUGUGUUUUCACAAAACUUUAAUGCCAUAUCUCAUUAUAAUAUUUUUCAAAUCGUGUAUUCGUUAAUUACUUAAAUUAAAAUUAGCGAUAGUAUUAUACAAAACAAUUUUAAUGUAGUUAAAUAUAUAAAAAAAUAAAGUUGUAGUUAAGUGUAAAUGUCUAUCAGAACAGAACUUAUUAUGUUUAUGAAAAAAGAAUACCAAUAUAUUUUAGUUUUUAAAGUUUCUUACAUAUUAUUAUAGAAUUAUGUUUAAACUAUGUGUUCACUCAAAUGUCUAUAUGAAAACUCGUGUCAUUUGUUCCUGCCAUCAAUUCUGUGUUGUCAUAAUAUUUUUGUAUUUACAUGUAUCCCUAUUUAUGUUGGUUGUUGUGUUUUAUUUGUUAUAUAUUACCAAACAUUGUCACAAUUUGUGUGUUCAGACUUCAUGCUAGUGUUUAAGCUCACUUGAACGCAACGUGCUCAUGGUGAGCUUUUAUGAGCACCUUUUGUCCAUCGUGAUGUGUGGAGCGUGCCUCGACAACAUGAACUUUAUUCACACUUUAUAGACCACAUUUAUUUUUGAGGAUUUUCAUUAAACCUGGUCAGAAGA